AGUGAAUUUCCUUUGCGCCUUUCGUCUCUCCAGCUUUUUACCGGUCUCUCUCAUUUCAGAAAAAGAGUCAAAAUGCCAUUCCUUCACACCAUUGUGUCCACCAAGCUGGACGAUGCACAACGCGCACACCUAACCAAAGCCUUCAAGACUAUCUGCAGAGAAGUCUUCAACAAGCCGGAAGAGUUCGUCAUGACGGCCUUUAAUGACGAGACGCCGAUGGCUUUCCGGGACUCGACAGGACCAGCUGCGUACAUCCGCGUGGAGGUGUUCGGCACCUACGAGCCGACUGACCCCGCCAAGGCCACCCCAGCGAUCACCGCGGUGGUGACGAAGGAGUGCGGCAUUCCGGCCGACCGCAUCUACAUCCUCUACUACGGCACGCCGCACAUCGGUUGGAACGGCGUCAAUCUCUAA